AAUUCGGUGAUGCAUGAGUCGCAUGAACGUGGCCUUGAAGACGGUGGUUUUGCGGCGACGCAAAUGCUCGAUCUCAAUCCUGUACAAGCACGACAGGAGUUGAGCCACUUACGAGCUGGACUUGCAGAUUCACAGGCUCGCCACAAAGACACAGCCUUGCUUUUGGAACGACUAUCAGGCCAGAAUGCAACACUCAGAUCUCAUCUGCGGGAUGCAGAAAGUGCCCAGGCACAGGGGUUCAAGGAGUCGCCAAUGAACAGAGAAGGAUUGCGCAAUAUCAGCAACACCUUCCACGAUCACGAUGCAUUCCGGACGUCAAGAGCGCAAAAACCACCCCUUCCCUCAGACUUCCAGACUCCACGGCGAACUGCAAGCUCAACCCCAAGUUCUGCAGGACGCAAGGUGACGGUUGGGAUGGCCGGAGCAACUGAGAUCCAUGCCCUGAGGCACCGCGUGUGGGAAUUGGAGCGAAACCUCGAGAACGAAAAACGGCGAAAUGCUUUGUUGAAGAGACACCUUGAUCAGUCUUCGUGUUCGGAGAACAAGAAUUGCAAGGUAAAAGAAAUCACUGCGGAGAGAAAACUUCUUGCGGAUGCAGAAACAGAGGCAAAAGCCCUUGCUCAAGCUUCCUCGUUGAUGUUUUUGGAGGAGGUGAGACGACACGCCCCAGCGCGAGAAUUGGCAGCGCAGGCGAGUCUUGCUGGUCAACUUCAACAGGAGUUGUGCCAGGAGAUCGAGGCUGUCCGGUUGCUGCAUAGGGAGGAGAUGAGACUGGCAAACUCCGAGCAAGCCUUGCAGAGGCGGGCCACCAAGCUGCAAGAGGAACUUGUGCUCUCACAGGCUGCAUCUGCCUCUUGCCAAUCAAGUCUACAAGCUGCCCAGACAGCAACAGGUGAGCAUGAGGCAUUCUCUGCUCUUCUCAGAUCAGAAUGCAGGCAGGCAGAGGCUUCUUUGCAACAUUCACGAGAAGAAGAGCAAAUAAGGCGCAGCUGUCUUCAGCCAAAAAGUUGUCUGCAAAUUCAGUCCAGGGCAUGUCCAGUUCUUGCCUGCCGAAGCCGAACGACCUCAUCUGUCCUCAAAGAACAGGCAGAAUAUUUGAUGGCCCAUGCAACUUUCUCUGCAGACCGAGCUCGGUGGCAGGCUCACUUUGAAAGAAGCAUGGCAGAAGCAGCGCAGAACUAUCACGCAGAAGUGCUUGCUGUUCGAAGCAACCUACUGGAGAGCGAGGAAGAAGCUAGCAAGGCUUCUCGGACACUUGCGGAACAGUUGGCCCAUUUGAAGAACGAGGUAGAACCUGUGAAGACCAAGCUGGAAGAGGUAUCUGCCGAGAAUUCAAUGCUAAUUCGAGAAGGACAUCGGCUUCAAGAACAGCUGGUGGAGUCCUUAAUGGAGGCAUCUCGUGGGGGAGAUCGGCUACUUGCGUCAUGGGAGAGGUGCAACUCCGCUAGCCAGGAGAUCGCUUGUCUCAAGCAGGAAGUUGCGCAAGCUCGCGAGGAUUUGGCUGAAGUCUCAGAAGCUCUAGCAGAAGAGCAGGCGCAGGCAUCCGACCUCCGCUGCCGCAUGAGAGAGUCUGGCCUGAUGCCACCUCUGGUUGGUGCAGGUCCGAUGCCGGCUUUGACUCAGACCAUUCCUGAAAUAUGUGCUGCAGAUGGAUGUUGGUCCCAACCGCAGGCAUUUGCAGACGGCGCUGCCAUGCUUUCAGCUUCGACAUCAGACAGACCUCCACGCAGACCCGACGGCAAUGUGAAGGAGGAAAAGGCCGUUUGUGUCACAGGCAUGCAAUGA